CACUCACGCCUCACGACCCGGUCCGUCAGCUGAUCCUCCUCUUCGCGUAAUCUCGUGCCAGCGAUGUGCCCUGCCGUCUGCGCUCCCCGCCACCACGAGGAUCAACGACCCGUCCACAUGUAAACACGGGACCCCAUGGCAAAAUGGUGUCGGUUGGAUGAAAAUCUGACCAAUGAUUGGUUCGAUUGUUUUAGCUGCCGGAGGAAUAUGUGCGAUAAGCUUCUUGUGUUCAUCUACCUAAUUCUUGACUGUUUGUGUACGCCUAUCAUGUGCCUUCCACCAUUCAUCAAAAUUGGAGCAAUAUUCACGGAGGAUCAGAAGAACUCAAGCACCGAGCAUGCCUUCGUCUAUGCAGUGGACAAAAUCAACAGAGACGAGCAUCUACUCCCGCACUCAAAACUAGUUUACGAUAUCCAAUAUGUGCCCACCGACGACAGUUUUCACGCAUCAAAAAAAGCGUGUUUCCAAGUUCAACAUGGAGUACAAGCGAUAUUCGGGCCGACAGAUCCUAUUUUAGGUGCACAUAUCCACUCGAUAUGCGAUGCACUAGAUAUACCACAUAUUGAGGCUCGACUGGACCUGGAUGAGGAGAGUCGGGAACUCUCAGUAAAUCUGUAUCCAGCUCAGUCACUCUUGAAUCGUGCCUAUCAAGAUGUUAUGAGUUAUCUCAACUGGACAAAAGUAGCCAUCAUAUAUGAACAAGAUUACGGUUUGAUGAAGCUCAGGGAGCUGAUCAGGGCACCGGGGCGACGGGACGUGGAAUUGCAUCUGCGACAGGCCGAGCCGGCGACCUACCGCGACGUUCUGAAGGAAAUUAAAAGCAAGGAAAUUCACAACUUACUCAUCGACACCAAACCCGAGAAUAUGCAUUUAUUUCUUCGCGGAAUUUUACAGCUGCAAAUGAAUGACUUCAAAUUCCACUACCUAUUUACAUCAUUUGAUAUUGAAACAUUUGAUUUAGAGGACUUCAAGUACAAUUUUGUCAAUAUGACUGCGUUUAGAAUUAUUGAUACCGAGGACGUAGGAGUUCGGGAAAUCUUCAAAGACAUGGCGCGGUUUCAGCCUGAUGGGUCAUCCUCGCCGUCCAAUCACAGUCUUCUUAGUCUAAUCAAGGCGGAGCCGGCGUUGGUUUACGAUUCGGUUCACGUGUUCGCGGUCGGGCUCCAAACUUUGGAGCAAAGCCACCCUUUGAAACUGGAGAACAUCUCCUGCUCGGAGGAGCGGCCCUGGGAUGCUGGCCUCAGUCUCGUCAAUUACGUUAAUUCGGUAGAGACAAAAGGACUUAGCGGACCAAUAGAAUUUAAAGAAGGAAAACGCACACAAUUUAAACUAGAUCUUUUAAAAUUAAAGCAGCACUCGCUGGUUAAAGUCGGUGAAUGGAGUCCAGCUGGAGGCGUGAAUAUCUCCGACAAUGCAGCAUUUUUUGAUUCAGGGACAAUGAACGUUACUCUUAUUGUGAUAACUAUACUGGAAAUGCCUUACGUCAUGCACCGAGACCCCCCGGUGAACCUGACCGGGAACGAGCGCUACCAGGGAUUUUGCAUCGACCUGUUGCAAAAGAUCUCGAACAUGGUCCGCUUCGACUAUACCAUCGAGCUAGUGCCCGACGGGAAAUACGGGGUCUUCGACUACGAGACCGGCGAGUGGAACGGCAUUGUCCGCCAGCUCAUGGACAAGAAAGCAGAUCUUGCAGUUGGUUCCAUGACGAUCAACUAUGCUCGAGAAAGCGUCAUUGAUUUCACGAAGCCUUUCAUGAAUCUCGGAAUCAGCAUACUUUUCAAGGUGCCGACGGAGAAAGAGUCGAAACUGUUCACGUUCAUGCACCCGUUCGGGCGGGAGACCUGGGCCCUGGUCUCCGUCGCGCUGAUCGUCGUCAGCGUCUCGCUCAUGCUCGUGGCCCGCGUCUCCCCGUACGAGUGCCCCAAACCGCGGCCGCCACUCCUCCGCCCGGGGCUCGAACCCGAGACCCAGCCACGGCGACCGCCGCGGCUCUGGCCCCCGCUCUCCCGCCGCCUAACUCUCUCCAACUGCGUUUGGUUCAUCUUCGGCGUUCUCCUUCGCCAGGGAUCAGGAGUUAGCCCUCAGGCAACUUCAACUCGUAUCGUUGGUGGAAUUUGGUGGUUUUUUACGCUUAUCAUCAUAUCCUCUUAUACGGCUAAUCUUGCUGCAUUUUUGACCGUGGAGAGGAUGAUAACGCCAAUUGAAAAUGCAGAAGGCCUGGCUGCUCAGACGGACAUCUCAUACGGCACUUUGGAUAGUGGUUCUACGAUGACCUUCUUCAGAGACUCAAUGAUAGAGACCUACAAGAAAAUGUGGCGAUUUAUGGAGAAUAAAAAGCCAUCUGUGUUCGUCCCUACGUACGAGGAAGGAAUUAAGCGAGUUCUUGAAGGGAAUUAUGCAUUCCUUAUGGAGUCUACGAUGCUGGACUACGCUGUCCAGAGGAACUGCAACCUAACUCAAAUAGGUGGUUUACUCGAUUCCAAAGGUUACGGUAUCGCAACUCCUAUGGGUUCACCGUGGAGAGAUAAAAUAUCAUUGGCCAUUUUGGAGCUACAGGAGAAGGGUGAAAUUCAAAUUCUGUACGACAAGUGGUGGAAAAAUUCAGCUGACACAUGCACAAGAACUGAGAAAGGAAAAGAAUCGAAAGCCAGUGCCCUAGGAGUUGACAAUAUAGGAGGCGUGUUUGUAGUGCUACUUUGUGGCCUGGCAGUCGCUGUGAUGGUGGCGAUUUUUGAGUUUUAUUACAAUUCUAAAGCCAUCUCCAAAAGCGAAUCACGCACAAUGGCGACGCCGCAACAAUCGCUUUGCGCCGAGAUGGCUGGGGAGUUAUGCUUUGCCCUGCGAUGUCGGGGUUCGCGCCAGAGGCCGGCUUUGAAGCGACAGUGCUCCAAGUGUGUGCCAACAGGAUCCUCCACGACCUACAUGCCAGCCCUACCGGCCGGCUUGGAGCCACCCCACUUGCAACCACACGACAUUAGGCAGAGGAGGAACUGCAGUAUAGGGCACGGGUACGACCCACGAGAUGAGGGACCUCCAAUACCCCCUCCACCUCCACCCUCGCAAAGGAUUCGAUUAACCGCCGCCGGACGAGACUGAACAAACAGUGGAUUACACUGGUGUGCCAAAAAAAUUCCUGGAGUGUAAUUGUGACAACAAUCGAAGAAAUAUUGUGCAGUGUGUGUAAAGGGAGGCUACCAUCUGUGUUCUAACUUCAUUAGAUGACACGCGCCGAAUUUGUCUGAAAUCAGGCUUCGAUCUCUAAUAAUAAGGGGUUUUGCGUCUACCAUAUACAGGGUGAUUCAAACAUCCCGCACCGCCUUGGUAACAAAGUUCUUGCAUCUGUUCAGCGUGGCACCUUUAAGAAUUUGGGGGUUCGAAAAAAAUGUCGCACUCACAAAACUAUUCUCCCCUGUUUUCAUGUGUUCAAAAGUUAUAAUGGUGAUGCCUGAUGCUUAGAGUGUGGGGCUUUUGGACCACUCUGCAUAUGGUCUGAAAAAUGGGUGCAGCCUUCAUUUCUGUUGCGACCUUACUCAUUGCAAAAUUCCCUGUUUCAUCAUCGAAAACUGUUUUGGCUCCCAUAAAUUGUAAAAUACAAGCUUUUUAGCCAACUGGUUCCAGAAAGGGGUGAAGUUUGAACAUUGGCUGUCAGGACGCGGAAAAGCACGAUAAUUAUGAUAUGUCAGUCUGAGGGAAAUCCCAAAUACAUGCACAACGUAUGGUGACUUUCCUGCAUGAAAAAAACUGAGAAAAAAACCUAGAAAAAACUUAUGUGAACUUUGUAAAUUUUGUUGAGUUGUAAAAUAAAAUAAGUACUUCAAAA